CAACAUGGAGGAGAAACCAACAUGGCGUCCGUGAGCAGAGCUAACUCUCCGCUGUCUUUCUGACUUAUUUUCUUCUUAAAUGAAUCAUUGACACAGAAACGCGCUCCGUUUAACUGAAGAGUAAAGUCGUCAUGGCCGUGUCCAGGCUGGCGGUGGUGUGUGGGGGCUCCAGGGGCAUCGGGGGGGCCGUGUCCCGGCUCCUGGCUCAGAGAGGCUGCAGAGUCGCUGUGGUGUCCAGGAAUGAAGACGCUGCCCGGGACACUGCGGCGUCUCUUCACGGAGACGAUCAUGUGGCUUUCAGCUGUGACGUGUCCAGAGAAGACGAGGUGCAGAAAACCUUCAAAUGCAUCCAGAAAACCUGUGGAAACAUCUCCUACCUGGUGAACGCAGCUGGUAUCAACAGAGACGCUCUGCUGUUCAGAACCAAACGUGAGGGCAUGCUGGAGCUGCUUCACACCAACGUGCUGGGCACCAUGCUGACCUGCAGGGCGGCGCUGCGCACCAUGCUGCACACUGAGGGAGCAGCCAUCGUCAACAUAGGCUCAGUCGUGGGUCUGAAGGGGAAUGUGGGUCAGACCGUGUACAGUGCCAGUAAAUCGGCUCUCGAGGGGUUCACGCGGUCUUUGGCUAAAGAAGUGUCGUCACGUGGCGUCAGUGUUAAUCUGGUGGCUCCAGGUUUUAUCCACACCGCCAUGACGGCGGCACUGAGGGAGGAGGACGGCGUUGGCUCGGUUCCUCUGCGGAGGUUCGGUGAACCGGAGGACGUCGCCUCUGCUGUGCUUUUCCUCCUGGAGUCGUCCUAUGUCACGGGACAGGUGCUGGUCGUGGACGGAGGCCUGCAGCUUGCCAUGUAAGGGGGCGGGGCCUAACCUGCCUGUGGCAGAAGAUUUGUGGGGAUGGGACGCCGAUGACGCGACACUCCAUUCUCACAGGAUGUCCCUCAGCCACGCUGGUGUUCUGCAGCUUCUCCACAAACGUCGGCACCUUGUGCAUUUCUUUGGCUGUGGAGAGAAGGGGCGGAG